AUGAAGCAUUCCACGUCGGUUACCGUGGUCAUCGUGGCGUUUUUCGUCGCCAUCAUCCUCCUGAGCGUGGUGGGGAACGCUCUGGUGUGUGCCGUGGUGUGCCGGAACCAGAACCUGCGCAGUGCAACCAGCUACUUCAUCGUCAACUUGGCCUUGAGUGACCUCAUGGUGACCGUGCUCUGCAUGCCCGUGACUUUGGUCAAUCACAUCUUCACAGGAUGGCGUUUGGGCGAGCUCAUCUGUAAACUGACCAGUCUGCAAGGUGUGGCUGUAGCCGCUUCGGCCUUUACUCUUGUGGUCAUUGCCGUGGACAGAUACCGUGCCGUCAUGGACGCCAUGGCGCCUAAGCUGAACGGACGGCAGAGUCUGGCCAUCCUAGGUUUCAUCUGGGUGUUGUCCUUCGCCGUGAUGGUGCCUCACGCCUUGGUCCUGGGUACCGCGGAACGGUACCACGGCAGGGAGAACGACACCAUGGUCAUCUGUAAGGAGUGGUGGCAGUCGGACGGACACCGACAGGCCAACACCCUCACGGUCUUUAUAACGUGCUACCUAGUUCCGCUACUGAUCAUUGCCAUUCUGUACAUACGGAUCAUCAUCCGCAUCGGGCUCAGACAGAAAUCUUUCGGCACGGAACCCAGAACAGAAAGACAGAGACAAAAACAACUCGGGUACUCCGACAAAAAGGUGACGAUGAUCCGUAUGCUCAUAUUGGUGGUGGUCCUGUUCGCCCUGUCCUGGUUACCGUAUCAUGUGGUCAUUCUCAUGGUUGACUUCAAACAUUUCACAAGUGCAGAGAUACAGAGCAUGUAUUUGUACGCCUAUCCCGUUGUUCACUGGUUAGGGUAUUGCAACAGCACCAUGAACCCCAUUCUGUAUGGCUACUGUAACAGGAACUUCAGAAAAGAGUUCCAAGCCCUCUUGGGAAACUUCGCGCAUGAUUUUCUGACUACCGAAACUCCCAACGAAUUGCCCAUGAAGAACAAGCGGGAUGGUACAUGUGUCUCUUCCCGCCGCACUGAGACAUUGAGAAGUGGGACAAUGGGUAAAAGUCCUACUGUUGUCACUGCAGGGGGUAAUAACAAACCUACUGUAGUGGUCAUGAUGACAACUACGGUGUGA